ACAAGCUGGCUUGAAUUUUUAAUUGAUAAGUCGGUAGUAUAAAAUGCUCCCCAAUUAGGAUCCGAAAUCUGAGUUUACUUUUUUUCAUAACCGAGUGCAGCUGAGUACCAGUUCGACGACAAGCACCAUGCAAACAUUUAUCCUGAUCGCACUACUGCUAGUGACCGCAGUCACAUCCGGUGUUGUACAGAACCGUUCCGAACCAAACCUGCGGGCUAACCGGAAGCUCAUCCAUCACUGGAUGCAGAAACCUAUCUUCAAACCGACGGCGAGCGCCAACCCGGACAAAGCCGUGGCGAUCGAGAACUUCUUCACUACCCGAGUUGAUCAUUUCGACCUGCAAAACACCGACGAAUGGACGUUACGAUAUUUUUCCGUGUCCGAUUACUAUAAACCCGGAGGACCCAUACUGAUUUUCUUGGGUGGGUUCUUUCCGAUCGGGCCGGAAACUAUUGGAGAAUCAACGCUCAUCUACGAGUUGGGACAGGAAAUGAACGGGGCGGUAUUUGCUUUCGAAUCCCGUUUCUAUGGUAACAGUCGGGUUACUGAGAACCUGAGCGUUGAGAACCUACGACUGUUGAACGCAGAUCAAAUACUGGCAGAUUUGGCGGAAUUCGUGAUUUAUUUGAAACGGGAAGUCGUGAAAGAUGAAACGGCUCGAGUACUGGUUGCUGGCAACGAACUCGGGGGUGCUCUCGCAGCCUGGUUUCGCAUCCGAUAUCCACAUCUAGGACAUGCGGCGUGGACUUCCAGUGGCUACAUGCAUGCCGUCAUGAAUUUUCAGGACUUUUCGGAGGCUUGGGGCGAAUCUUUGAUUGAGCAUGGCAGUCAGCAAUGCUACAGUGACAUUUUCGUGGCAUUCCACGUUAUGCAAAACCUAAUCGAUCUGGGAAGAGCCGAUCUGUUGUUCGAGAAAUUCAACAUUUGUUCACGAAUCGACCCAGAAAAUACCUUUCAGGUGCAAUAUUUCUUCUCUAUUAUGAUGAUGUCGGUAGAAGUGUUUACUCUUGGUAACCGAAAUCUUGCCGAUUUCACUGAAGUAUGCGAUGAUCUCACUAAUUCUGACGCUGAAACCGCAAUGGACGCAUUUGCUGGUUGGUUCAAUACUAAAUGGGCUGCCGAAAUUGGAUGUGUAGUUUCGGACCCAGCUGAGGCAGUAGAAGUUCUGAAAGAUCUCGAAUGGGAUACCGCAUUCAAUCAACUUGGUCUUCGCCAAGCAAUGUAUCAGGAAUGCACAGAGUUUGGAUGGUUUCCUACCACUGAUUCGGCCUUUCAACCGUUUGGCGAUCGUGUUGGGAUAGAGUUCUAUAUAGAGCUAUGUCGCCAAGUGUUUGGCGAUUGGAUCACCGAGGACUCGAUUGCGAGAGCCGUUCGUCGUUCGAAUAACCGAUUCGGUGGAGAAACCCCCGGAUCGAGCUUAACACAUUUCACCAAUGGAGGUGCCGACCCAUCUACGAUAAUUAGCAUUACACAAAACAUAACGUUAGACGCAACGGCUGUUGUGAUUCCCAAUCAGUUGAGUAGCUCUGAUCUUGGUGCCACUUCCGAGGACGAUCCUCAAGAACUACAGGAAGCUAAGCGAAAUCUGAAAGCAAAACUGGCCAAAUACCUAUUUCCUGCUUCUCCCUACGGAAAUUCUUAAGCGACUGCGAGUACAAAAGUAUUCGAUAUAAUGUAAUAAGCAAAAAGUACAAUUUUUGGUGGGAAACUACCAAUCUAUGAUGAAAGCCACAUAAAAAAAUAAACAAAGAAAAGAAUUUAGUUUUGAUGUGAAUACGUCUAAUUCAUUGAAAAUUUCCUUUUGUGAAUGAUAUGUUUUAGAUCACGAAAAUCUCGAGUUAUAUUAAAGGCAACCACAUCUAUUACU